AUGUUUAAACGCCCGUCGUGUUUACAAGGCCGUCGGCAAGGCGAGCGCCCCGAUGAUUGGUCCGCUUUCCCUGUACGGCAACUAUUCGUGCUAGCGCUAUGUCGCAUUUGCGAGCCCAUCGCAUUCAUGUCCAUCUUCCCCUACGUAUAUCAGAUGGUUGAAUCGUUCAAGGUGACAGACAAUGAUCGUAAGAUUGCGCUGUAUGCGGGGAUGAUCACUUCGGCCUUCACUUUCGCCGAAUUUUCCGCCGGUAUGUUCUGGGGUCGCAUGAGUGACAGGAUUGGCAGGAAGCCAGUCUUGGUCAUGGGUCUGAUUGGCACCGCCAUCAGCAUGAUCGUGUUCGGAUUCGCUCCCAACCUGGCGACUGCAAUGGUCGCCCGGGCCCUAGGAGGUCUUCUGAAUGGUAACAUCGGAGUCCUUCAAACGACCGUUGCGGAGAUUGUCACGGUCAAGGAGCACCAACCUCGGGCCUACUCCAUCAUGCCUUUCGUCUGGUGCUUAGGUUCGAUCAUCGGACCCGCCAUGGGUGGUGCGCUGGCACAGCCCUGCGACAAUUACCCUUGGCUCUUCCAGCGCGGAACCAUUUUCGACAACUUCCCAUUUCUGCUGCCCAACUUGGUCUGCGUUGUUGUCCUCGCCUCCGGUAUCAUCGUCGGCUUGUUGUUCUUGGAGGAGACCCAUCCCGAGAAGAGAAAUCGCCGCGACCCGGGUUUGGAGCUAGGCAAAUGGCUCGUCGAUAAGUUCAAGGGAUCCCGUGUCAAUCUUGCAGAGGGAUUGGAAGUCAAGGCGGCAACUACCGAUGAUGAUUACUUCGACUACGACGAUGUUGCACCCCCAGAGUACCGGAGUGCUGAGUCUUCCCCUCGUUUGGGUCCGAUGAAGGAAUCAGAUGAUCUCUCCACAGAUGACGACAUUGAGGGGCAGAUGAAAGGGCAGAAGCCCAAGGCUUUCACGAAACAAGUAGUCUUCAACAUCAUCGCCUACGGGAUUCUCGCAUAUCACAGCGUCUCCUUUGACCAACUCAUGCCGGUCUUCCUCAGUACCCCUACUUCCACCGAAGAUGCCGUGCUCCCCCUGAAGUUCACCGGAGGGUUGGGGCUAGCGACAAAGAAGAUCGGAUUUAUGCUUGCGGUGCAAGGGGUAUACUCGAUGAUUGCGCAACUUUGGUUGUUUCCAUUCGUUGUUCGUCGAUUUGGCACGCUCAGAGUCUUCCGCUUCGUCUUGCUGGUCUGGCCGCCAUUGUACUUCAUGGUCCCUUACCUCAUCCUCUUGCCGGAGAAGCUACAGCUCGGUGCGGCUUAUAUGGCUUUGAUCAGCAAGAUCACACUACAUGUCAUAGCCUUCCCCGCUACGGCGAUUUUGCUCGCCAACGCUGCUCCGUCCUCCAAGGUGCUCGGGUCUAUCAAUGGUGCCGCAGCCUCCACUGCCAGCUUGAGUCGCGCGUUUGGCCCAACGAUCACCGGCUUGUUGCACUCGCGAGGUCUCGAAAGUGGAUACUCUGUGCUGGCGUGGUGGGCUUGCGGUCUUGUCUGCGUUGUUGGUGCCUUCGAGAGUUUCUGGAUGGAAGAGUCUGAGCGAGAGAACGAGGCGGAAAAGAAGGCCCAGUCCGAUGAUACGACCACGGAUCGCAAUGUGCUGCGGGGUUCUUUAAUUGCCGGUAAGGAGGAUGGUACUCCCGAAGAGGUGCGGAGAUUGCUCUCUUCCGCGCGGACGAGCAUUGAUGAGCUGGACGUCACUCCUCAAGUUGAGUCGGCACAAUUACUCGUGGCUGAGCCUCUUAAGUCCGAGGUAGACGCCUGAAGCCUCCUACGUAUUCUCAUUUAUUAUCUCUACGCACUGCUCCUCACAAUUCCCCUGAAUUUUCUCUUCCUCUUCCAUUUUGACUGUUGGCUUCAUACGUCAUGCUUAACUUUCUCUGUUUUACCAUGUGGAUAUUGUGGUUGGUGGCUUGCCUUUUUCUUUCUAUUUUUCUGUAUUUUCCUUUUUUAGACCAUGAUUCAAGAUGGGUUGAUGGCGCAGUUUAUAGACCGGGUGCAUACUAUGCAACAAAAGCAUGAGGGCUGGCGAGUCUGUUUCACAUUUUCUGUUUUUGUUUCCUGUUGGCAUUAGCAUGGGCAUCGUUGGGCAUCUAUGACUUCAUGCAUUGGAGAGGCUGUUUGUGUUUUCCGUUCACUGUCUGCUAUUGCGCUUAUUAUAUCCCAC